UUCCUUCCUUUUCAAAAUUUUGCUUUCCUUUUCAUGUCUUCUUCCCCCGUGUACCUUAAUGUGAUCAAAACCGUCUCUCUCUUCUUUUUGCCCCCUUAAUGUUAAACUAAAUCUGUUUCGCCUCUAUUGACAUCGUCUUCGUCUUCAAUGGCAGGCGAAGCCAGAAUGCACGCCAAGUCGGACUCGGAGGUGACGAGCGUGGACCAGUCGUGGCCGGCUCGAUCUCCUCGGAGACCGCUCUACUACGUUCAGAGUCCGUCCAACCAUGAUGCUGAGAAAAUGUCCUACGGGUCCAGUCCUUUGGGUUCCCCCCACCAUUUCUACCAUUCCUCGCCCAUUCAUCACUCUCGCGAGUCCUCCACCUCGCGCUUCUCCGUCUCCCUCAAAAACCCCAGAAACCUCUCCACCUGGAAGAAACUCCACCAGUCCCAGCACUCCGACGAUGAGGACGAGGACGACGUCGGCGCCGAUCAAGGCUCCGGCCGCAACAUCCGCCUAUACUUGUGCUUCUUCUUGCUCUUCGUGCUGCUUUUCACGGUCUUCUCUCUCAUACUCUGGGGAGCCAGCAAGAGUUAUGACCCUAAAGUUUUAGUCAAGAACAUAGUGUUCGAGAGCUUGAAUAUCCAAGCGGGGAAUGAUGAUACGGGAGUAGCAACAGAUAUGCUGUCGUUGAACUCAACUGUGAGGAUCUUGUACAGAAAUCCAGCCACAUUCUUCGGCGUCCAUGUCACUUCGACUCCUCUUGAGCUUCACUACCACCAACUCAGCCUUGCUUCCGGCCUGGUGAAGGAGUUCUAUGUGAAGAGGAAGAAGGAGAGAAAGAUGGCGGUGGUGGUGUCAGGGCAUCAGGUGCCGCUGUAUGGAGGAGUUUCAGCGCUGGGGAACGCCAGAGAGCAGAGGCAGAAUGUGGCGUUGCCGCUCAACCUCACGUUUGUGAUGAGAUCGAGGGCUAACAUCCUGGGAUCAUUGGUUCGCUCUAAAUUCUAUCGAAGAAUCCGAUGCUAUGUCACCCUGCAUGGCAACAGCCUCGGAAAACCUUCUACCUUAACCCAUUCUUGUCUCUACAACUGAUCAUCAAUAAAUAUUUUACUCCUUUGAUUUU